AUGCAUCUUGCUAACGCUAUAAGACCUGACAUAGCAUUCUCUGUUAAUUUGCUAGCAAGAUAUAGCUCUUAUCCUACACAGAGACAUUGGAACGGAGUUAAGCAUAUAUUGCGAUAUCUGAAGGGAACUAGCGAUAUGGGUCUGUUUUAUGUUAACAAUGGUAGCACAGAUCUUGUUGGUUAUGCAGAUGUAGGUUAUUUAUCUGAUCCACAUAAAGCUCGAUCUCAACAGGCUAUCUGUUUACAUGCGGAGGUAUUGCUAUAUCAUGGAGAUCCACAAAGCAUUCCAUUGUUGCUACUUCUUCGAAUCAUCUUUGAGAUAAUAGCUAUUCAUGAAGCAAGUAGAGAAUGUGUGUGGUUGAGAUUAGUGAUACACUUCAUUAGAGAAAGAUGUGGCUUGAAAUGUGAUACAAAAAUACCCACAGUAUUAUAUGAAGACAAUGUUGCAUGCAUACCUUAA